AUGACAAAACCCGUCCCAAUCAACAUUGGGGGAUCCUGGGACUUAUUCCAAUACUACAUUGCGAAUGCAAUGAAGUGCGAAGAGUCUGAUCUGAACCUUGGAUUCACGCUCAGCACAGAGCCCAAGAUGGCAAAGUAUCACAGCGUUGCAAGUGAGAGGGAGUACGAGGCCAUGCAGAGGGCAGUUACAUAUGAGCUGCGGAAGCAAUCAGCACUUCUGAAAAAGAAAACAAAGAAAAGCAGCCAACCAGGAGCCGUCAUCAAACCCUUGGCUGUUUCCAUCCGGGAUAUGUGUUUGGCAACCGAAAAAAAGUCAGAAGCAUUUGCACCCAUGGACCUGCAUUUCAGUCAACUGCAAAACAAGUAUGGGAAGUGUAACAACCAUAGGAACAAGUUUUGUCUUGUUCUGAAGGACGGAAUGCAUCACUUCCUUACUGUUGAGGAAUUGAGGUUAUGGGCAAUGAUGAUGGAACUAGGGGGGGCAGACCUGAACACUCUGCCUAAUGCACUCAACAUUCCACCAGGUGAACUGGUCAAUCACCCGAUGCAUGGUGCAACAUCAGGUUCAAGGCAGCCAUCACCAAGCAUGGUGAUUGGGGGCCCAACUCCGCAGCCCAAUGCUUUGGGCCUAAACUCAGACUUGCCAGUUUUCACCCCGCAUCUGCUGCCUGUACUGAAUAUAGGUGGAAAUGGAGGCAUUCCCGAUUCAUCUCUUCUGCACUCAGUCCUGUCCAACUACAUUACAUGA